GAAAAUAUGAAGCUAUUGCUAUUGUUCAUACUGGUAAAUUUGGUAUCAUGCAAGCAAAGAAAAGAAAGUGCGGGGCGCAUUGUAGGAGGCCAUGAUAUUGACAUUUCGCACCAUCCUUGGCAAUUGUGUUUGGUGAAAUACUGGAUAGCCCCCAUGUGCGGUGCCUCAAUAUUGAGCGAAAAUUGGGCAAUAAGCGCUGCUCAUUGCAUACCGGAUACUGACAGUAAUGAAAUAACUAGCUUCAAAUUACGUGCUGGAAGUAACUACUGGUUUGGAGGCGGCACCUUGCACCAAAUAAAACAAAUAUUCAAGCAUGAAACUGUGGACUUGGUAUUAUUUCUUGUGAAAGAUCCCUUCAAUUUUGAAAUUACUAAUGCGCGCCCUGUUGCCCUACCAGCAGAGAACGAGGAAACCGAAACAGGGUCACCACUCACGGUGACGGGUUGGGGAACUACAGAGAGUACUGAAUCAUCACACCACCUGAAAGAAGUUGAAGUGAAUGCUGUAUCUAAUAGUGAAUGUCAAAAGGCCUAUGAAGAUCUUGCUACUAUAUCAUCACAUGAGAUAUGUGCAAGCGUUCCUGGUGGUGGCAAAGAUUCUUGUCAAGGAGACAGUGGAGGUCCAUUGACAGAUUCAAGGGGAAAAUUGAUUGGAGUCGUAUCUUGGGGCAUAGGAUGUGGAAGUCCCUCGUUUCCUGGAGUUUAUGUUCGUGUCGCGCAUCCCCUAGUGCGCUCCUUUAUUCAAAAUAAAAUUGGAUUGUAAAUAUGUGUUAACCGUAGUAAUAAAUAAAUCAUUGAU